AUGUACUCCCUGGAAAUCCAAAACUACCCCCACCUCACCCCCUCCGAAUUCGCCGAGGCCGCCCACCACCUCGACCGGCGCUACAGCCAAGCGACCCUCGGCCCGCUCCGGCGCCAAUGGAAGCUGCGCGUGCGCUCGGCGCUCAACACCCACUUUGUCUCUCCUUCGGAUCCCGAAUACAGCACUUUUAUCCAAAUCACGAGACCGCUCGAGGUCAAUCUGGAUGAUGAUGGGUUAUCCGAGUUUUUGGAUAAUUUGAGUUUUUCUGAGAGGCCAGCAGCGGUAAGGGGGGAUGAGGGGGAGGGGGAGGGUGUGGUUGGUGUGAGUGAGGGGAUGGAGGUUGAGGAUGAUGAUGAUGAGCAAAAGACAAGUUAUGGCUACGUCACAUACGAAAUACACCUUCACCCGACAUAUCAAGCACCUUGUCUGUGGUUUUCACUAAACGGACUGCCUGUGGAUGAACCGGCCUUCAACAUCGACACCGUCUUUCGACGGCUUGUACCCGAUCAGUUCAAAGAUGGACUUCGCCGCGCGGGUUCCGUGGGUGGUAUCUCAGCUGAUGUAAGUUUUCUCAUCUCAUCUCAUCCCGUUCUUUGUAUUUGUAUCUUGCGAUUUGAGUGGGUUCAAUCUUCUCGCUGUUGGAAAACACCAAAAAGUUAACCAGGGCUGAACUCCUUUUCUCGCUCUUUGUGACUUUGUUAUGAAACCUAUAUGAGAAGAACAAGGAGAGAGAAAGAGAGAAGAAGAAGAAAAGGUGCCUGUACUAACACACGAAUGUCCCUUCUUUUG